AUGUCUGCUAUCACCACAUGUUAUACCAGUGUUGGAUGCAACCAAGCACCCCAUUGUCUCGACUGGGGACGAAAUAAUCAGAUUUGCUAUGGAGCUUGUAGAGCCCUGGGUAUUUAUCAGCCUGAGCAGGGACAGGACUGUCCAAGUAAAGUUUUGUCAACGAGUGUCAAACACCAGGACAAGGUGAAUUGUGUCAAAUGGAUCCGUAACUCUGACAACAGUUUAGAAGAUGAAAUAGUAACAGGGUCUGUGGAUACCACUGCUGUUGUGUGGAAAACUGCAGAAAAUGGAUGUACAUGUACAUCACUACACACUCUAAGAGGACAUUCUGCAUCAAUUAUUUCCGUGGAUGCUCUUACAAUAAAACUCCAAGACAACGAUGUCCGAACGAUUAUUGUUUCAACCUCCGUGGAUUCCACCGUCAAAAUUUGGAACAGGAAGUCACCUGAUGGAGAGUUUGACCAACUCCAGACGAUAUCAUUUGGCUCGGGAUUUUGUUUAGAUGUCAGUGUGACCAUCAUUCCUAACACAGACAUCCCUAUCUUAGCCUGUGGAGGAGAUGAUCACAAAAUACACCUGUAUAUAGAGCAAGAAGGAAAGUUUGUGAAAGCCAUUACCUUACUUGGCCAUGAAGAUUGGGUGAGAGGUUUGGACUUUUGUAAAGAUGACUGUGGUGACCUGAUGUUAGCAAGCUGUUCGCAGGACUACAUCAUACGGAUAUGGCGACUGAGUCCACGGCAACCUGACAGCCUCACAACCAUUGUUUCCAUAGCAACGCUACCCAGAGACGAAGACAUUAAGAUGAAGGAGAAUACUUUCACAUAUACUGCCAAUGGUGAGCAGAAGGCGUAUGCUGUGAUUCUGGAGUCUGUCAUGUGUGGUCAUGACAACUGGAUCUACAGUAUCCGAUGGCAACCACAGAUUUGGAAAGACAGCUGCUGGCACCAGCCGAUGUGUCUGCUGUCGGCAUCCAUGGACAAGACCAUGAUCCUGUGGCGACCAGACGCAGACGCAGGAGUCUGGAUAGAACAUGUAAGAGUUGGGGAGGUCGGGGGUAACACCCUAGGCCUGUAUGGGGGCAUGUUCAACCCAGAGGGGAACAGUAUCAUCGCCCAUGGUUACCACGGGGCCUUCCAUCAGUGGAGGUAUAAUGAGGAGUUGUCGACCUGGCACCCUGUGGUGACACCUCAAGGUCAUUUUGCGAGUGUGGAGGACUUGUCCUGGGACCCAGAGACUGGUCACUUUCUUGUGACGGUCAGCUCAGAUCAAACCACCCCUCAUGCCCCCUGGGUGACCGCUAACAGACAAGUGUGCUGGUAUGAGAUAGGCCGACCCCAAGUUCAUGGUUACGACCUCCAGUGUCUGGCUAUGAUCAGCAAGUACAAGUUCGCUUCAGGCGCGGAAGAGAAAGUCAUCCGAGUGUUCGAUGCUCCCAGGAAAUUUGGAAAUUUCACCAACAUUUGUGAUCUCGACUUGCUUACAGAAAUCAAGAGGCAUAAGGAUUUACCCUCCCUUCCAGAGGGCGCUAGUGUCCCAGCUCUGGGCCUGUCGAAUAAGGCAGUAUUCCAGGGAGAUAACUCUGGGGUAACUUCAUCAGCUUCUGAGAUUUCGGCUCAUCCUAAUGAACAGUACCCAGAGAUCUACUUCUCACCUGUAACUAUCACAGAACCUCCAACAGAAGAACACCUGAUACAGAAUGCCCUAUGGCCAGAGACACAGAAGCUCUAUGGUCAUGGCUAUGAGAUUUUCUCAUUGGCUUCUGACCCCAGGGGUGAACUACUGGCCUCAGCCUCUAAGGCAGCUAAAGCAGAAUAUGCGGGGAUAAUCUUAUGGGAUACUCAAACAUGGCAACAGAUAUGUUCACUAGAGGGUGCUUCUUUGACAGUGACUCAGCUGGAAUUCUCCCACAAUGGGUUGUAUUUGUUAGCAGUGUCCAGGGACAGGACGUGGAGAGUGUACAAAAGGAGAUCAGAAAACAACCCAAAUGAAGGUCCACUGUUCUCACUGCUGGCUGGAGUGGAGAAGAAAAACAGUGCUCAUUCACGCAUCAUCUGGUCCGGAGCCUGGUCACAUGAUGAUCAGUAUUUCUUCACCGCAUCUCGUGAUAAAAAGGUGAUAGCAUGGCAGAGACCUGACCCGAGUGACAUUGCAGGACCUCAAUCGCCAUGCUCAGCGACCCUUGACCUUCAGGAUGCUGUCACUUCAGUGGCAUGUGCACCAGUUUUAGUCCAAGGAAGGUACUUGAUAUCUACUGGACUGGAAUGCGGUAUGAUUGGGCUGCACACAUGGGCAAAUGACCAAUCACAGCCAUGGACACAGCUAGCCACGCUUGAUCAGAACACUGCUCAUCAUCUUACUGUGAAAAGGCUGAAAUUUCGACCUUGUCUAGGUGAAGCAGGGGUCAAGGCCACUCAGGUGAAGGACACUGAAAGCCGACUCCAACUGGCCAGCUGUGGUUCUGACUGGAUGGUCAAAGUGUAUACAAUAGAUCUGACUAAACUUGGAACAAAAACUGGUUCCUGAUGAAGAGCAGUGUGGACCUUUAUACCAUUAAAGACAUAACACAAAUACAGGCUUGUCAACAGCCUGCAUGCUCAGUUAGAUAUGUGUGUUUCAUAUUUGAAAUGUUCUCUCACAUUGUCAUGAUUGGUGACUUCAAAAUCUCAAAAAAAGGACAUUAUAUAUAAACAUAUACCUCUAUAUGUACACAUAUUUGUAUAUUAUCUCAUGUUAAAUAUUUAUAAAACAUAAAUAAAUUUAUCGCUCAUACACAUUUGAA